AUGACUGAAGAUAACCAGAAUUUUUUUCACAUGCAUAGGCUAGAUACAAAUGGGUCUCUCAAGGACAUAUUGUGGAUUGAUGCUAGGAGUAGAGAUGCUUGGGAGGAGUUUGAGGAUGUAGUAUGUUUUGAUGCAACAUACUUGACAAACGAGUAUGAACUACCUUUUGCCAAUUUUAUUGGUGUUAACCACCAUGGCCAAAUCAUAUUGCUUGGAUGUACAUUGGUAUCCCAUGAAGACACUGAAACAUAUCAGUGGGUGUUCCGUACAUGGUUGGCAUGCAUGCGGAAAAACCCGAUCGGCAUCCUAUUCGAUCAAGCAGCUGCAAUGCGGAAAGCUUUAUCCAUUGAAAUGCCUGAAGCGCGACGUCGGUGGUGUUUGUGGCAUAUCACCUACAAAUUUGUAAAGAAACUAGGGGCGAAAAACAACUUUUCGGAUAUAAAGAAGGCACUUUUGAACGCAGUAUAUAAUAGUUUGACUAAGGCGGAGUUUGAAGAGAGUUGGACUGCAACCAUUGGGAAAUUUAACCUGCAAGAAGAUACAUGGUUGUCAGGUUUAUAUGAAGAGAGGGAGAUGUGGGUUCCUGCAUAUAUGAAACAUUUGUUUUGGGCUGGUAUGAAGACCACCCAACGGGUAGAAAGUAUAUAUAGCUUUUUCGAUGGGUAUCUUGACAAGCAUACCCGGUUGUAUCAGUUUGGCCCGGCUUAUAUGAAAGCGAUGGAGUCAAGAGCAAAUGAUGAGCAGCAGGCUGAUGCCAACUCAAACAUGUAUUUGCGCACAUUGGUAACUGGUUUUGCUGUUGAGAAAACUUUCCAAUUAUUAUACACAGAUGCAAAAUUUAAGGAAGUCCAAAAGCAAUGUACUAAAUGCUUAUAUGAUAAUGGGGUAUCUAGGAGGGCUAUUUCUGAGUAUGUGGUGGAGCACACACUGGAGGAUCGUAUUUGGAUGCACUGUGAUGAAACAAAAAAAGAAAAGUUAACAUCUAAAACCAGAUGUUACCAAGUGAUGGUUGAUAGGAAAACCCUAUACGCGUUGUGUGUAUGCAAAAUGUUUGAAUGUGAAGAUUCUGGUGUAUGUUCGACUACAGACGCCCCUAAGGUGAAAGACCCAGUUGAUCCUAAAAAGGCGGCAAAUAGGCCUCUUGAGACUCGUUUCCUAUCAUGCGUGGAGAAGCCGAAAAAGAAGGUCGCGAAAAAGAAGGAAGUUGUCACUAACAAGGUUGCAGAUGGCUGUCCAAAACCCACGAAGAAGGUUGCAAAGGGUGCGAAUAAGGUUCGACCGAAGGAGAAAAAUGUUGGGCCCUCUAAAUUUGGACAGGAUAAGGAUACCGAUGGCAUGGAAGCUGUUGGAGGCCACAAGUCUAUUGGAGGAAUAACAUGUAAUGAAGGAUCUAUUGGCUAUUUCACACGCAUGCUACAAGGAGGUAACUCUGAGCAGCCCAACAUCGAUUCAGGUGACCAAUGUCAUGAUAUGCUCCGCCUCCGCUUAGGUUGAAUUCAAAGAGCACGACAUCUUGUAAUUUGUAUAUCUAUUUAUUAACAUUUAUCGUGGAAGAUGUUUGUAACGUAUAUCUUACUUUAUGAAAAUGAUAAAGUUAAG